AUGGGCUCCUUCCUCCGGCCGUGUCUGCUGGUGCUACAGCUCUUGGCGCUUGUAUUCCUGGGCCUGUGGCCAGAGUCAGGCAAUGGGCAAGAUAACAGCAUGGUCCAGCUGCCAGGUGGGACAUUCCAGAUGGGGACAAAUUCCCCGGAUGGCAAAGAUGGGGAAGGACCCAUUCGGGAAGUAACUGUGAAGCCCUUUGCCAUUGAUAAAUAUCCUGUCACCAACAAAGAUUUCAGGGAAUUUGUCAGGCAGAAGAAGUACCAGACAGAAGCUGAGUCAUUUGGGUGGAGUUUUGUUUUUGAAGAUUUUGUGUCUGAGGAACUGAAAAAGAAAGUGACCCAGAAGCUGGAGUCUGCACCCUGGUGGCUCCCAGUGGAGAAGGCAUUUUGGAGGCAGCCUGCAGGUCCAGGUUCUGGCAUCCGAGACCGGCUAGACUUCCCGGUGCUGCAUGUGAGCUGGAAUGAUGCCCAAGCUUUCUGUGCCUGGAGAGGCAAGCGGCUGCCCACGGAGGAGGAAUGGGAGUUUGCUGCCCGAGGAGGGCUGAAGGGUCGAGUAUACCCCUGGGGGAACCAGUUCCAGUCAAACCGCACCAACCUAUGGCAGGGCAAAUUCCCCCAGGCUGAUACAGCUGAGGAUGGUUUCCAUGGAGCCUCACCUGUAGAUGCUUUUCCUCCCCAAAACAACUAUGGAUUAUAUGACCUCAUGGGCAAUGUGUGGGAGUGGACAGCAUCCACUUACGGACCUCCUGUCCCUGGCCAAGACAGGAGGGUGCUGAGGGGAGCCUCCUGGAUCGACACUGCUGAAGGUUCAGCCAACCACCGGGCCCGAGUUACCACCAGGAUGGGCAACACUCCAGACUCUGCCUCGGACAACUUGGGCUUCCGCUGUGCAGCCAGCCCAGGCCGGCCUUCUGGGGAACUGUGAACAGAGACCAAGAGACAAAGGGGAGAAACCUCUGUGGCCCUGCCCCUGUGACCAGCCAAGACUCAACUUUGCCAAUGCCUUAUCCAUAAAACAUCAG